AUGACGAAGAUACGGUUUAUUUUGGGUGUGAUUACUUUGCUAUUUACGAUAGUUCAUGGAGUGUCUAAUGUGAAUCAUGAGAUACGUCGUGCCAAAAGACAGUCCACCGACCGACUUGUCUUUGCGCACUUCAUGAUCGGAAUCGUCAGCAACAGAAGGAGCGCCUCGGACUUUGAUGAUGACAUGAAGCGUGCUAAGUCUCUGGGGAUUGAUGCAUUUGCUCUGAACAUUGGCGUAGAUCCUUAUACUGACCAACAACUCCAACUGGCAUACGAAUCGGCUGCCAACAAUGACAUGAAAGUCUUCCUAUCAUUCGAUUUCAACUGGUGGCAUAUUGACCAGGCUACCGCAGUUGGCCAGAAGAUUGCCCAGUAUGCUAGCAAGCCUGCACAACUUCUCGUCGACAACAAAGUAUUCGUUUCAUCAUUUGCCGGGGAUGGAAUGGAUGUUGCAGCAUUGCGAGCUGCAGUUGGAAGAUCGAUAUUUUUCGCGCCCAAUUUCCACCCAUCCACUGGGACAGACAUCUCGCCAGUUGACGGCCUCCUGAAUUGGAUGGCGUGGCCAAACAACGGAAACAACAAAGCCCCAACUCCAGGUCACAAUAUUUCGGUGGCCGACGGAGAUCGAGAAUAUGUUAACGCCCUCCGCGGAAAAGCUUAUAUUGCCCCUGUAUCACCUUGGUUCUUCACGCAUUUCGGACCUGAAGUUUCUUAUAGCAAGAAUUGGAACUUCCCAUCUGAUCUCCUAUGGUUUAACAGAUGGAAUGAGAUCCUUGCAUUGAAACCGCGCUUUAUCGAGAUUGUGACAUGGAAUGACUACGGAGAGUCUCAUUACAUUGGUCCUUUGAAAUCACCACAUACUGAUGACGGCGCCUCAAAAUGGGUCAAUGACAUGCCCCACGACGGAUGGCUGGACAUUUCAAAACCAUACAUCGCUGCGUUCAAAGCAGGCCAGUCGUCUCCCAACGCUCAUAUCUCAUCUGAUGAGUUAGUAUACUGGUAUCGACCUGCACCACGUGGGGUAGACUGCGACUCAACAGAUACCUGCAUGGUAUCAGCAAACAAUGGGAGUGGAAACUACUUCAUGGGCCGCCCAGAUGGCUGGCAGUCCAUGGCAGAUUCUGUGUUCGUUGUAUCAUUGCUUACAUCCCCAGCCACAGUGCAGGUCAACAGCGGCGGGACUGUCUAUAAUUAUGACGCGCCAGCAGGUGCAAGUGCAAAGGAGGUGCCGAUGGGAGUUGGCGCACAAAGCUUCGCGGUCAUGCGCGAUGGGCAGACUAUUCUGUCAGGGACUAGUUUGAAGGAGAUCAUCAACGGGUGCGUGUGUGGUUUAUAUAACUUCAAUGCCUAUGUCGGAACACUUCCAGCAGGAUUCAAUGAUCCCCUCCAGCAAGAUGGACUCUCUGCCUUUAAACAAGGCCUGCGUGUCCAGUCAUGUCAAGCGAGCCCCUCAUUAGGUACAGUGCCCCCAGCUCCUCCGUCUUCAAGUACGAGCACCACUUUGCCAAGUCCUCCCCCAACCACAACAACGCCCCCUGGACAAUGCUCUGCGACUGUCGUGGUCACUGUUACAGUCACCGAGCCUCUGACUCCACCACCUUCCCCUCCUACAACCCCAACUGGCGGCGGCGGUGGAGGAGGUGGCAGCGGAGGAGGAGGAGGUGGUGGUGGCGGCGGAGGUGGAGGCAGGACCUGCAUUGCGGGAACAGGACCCAAUAACUACAUUGGGUUGUGUUCCUUUUGUUGCAACUAUGGUUAUUGUCCACCUGGACCCUGCACUUGUACGCAAUAUGGGAAUCCAGUCCCGCGUCCACCAUCAACUGGAGCUCAUGGGGCCCCUCUUGUCGGCGAAGAUGAUUCAUAUCUCGGCCUUUGCAGUUUCGCAUGCGAUCAUGGCUAUUGUCCCCCUACAGCCUGCAGAGUGGUUUGA